AAUCUCCCCCUCCCAAAAUCGCUCCAUCGUAUAAACCUGGGGGGGGGGCAGGAGGGGGGGUCCCUUCCGAUCCUCCCUCCUGACGCCCCCCCAACAGGCCCCCUCCCCCACCAUUGAAAGCCAUGAAUUUUGAAUUUGAGAGGGAGAUUGGGUUUAUAAACAGCCAGCCAUCGCUCGCCGAGUGUCUGACUUCCUUCCCCGCUGUCUUGGAGACAUUUCAAACUUCAUCAAUCAAGGAGUCGACAUUAAUUCCUCCUCCUCCUCCUUUCGAGCAAACCUUCCCUAGCCUCCAGCCCGGCGCCUCCACCCUUCAGAGACCCGGGAGCCAAAAGCGAACCGAAGAUGGGCCUGCUCUGCCGCCGCCGCCACCUCUCCCCGCCGUCCCCCUCGCCCCCGAGUUCCCUUGGAUGAAAGAGAAGAAAUCCGCCAAGAAACCCAGCCAAUCCACCGCGUCUCCUUCCCUGGCCGCCUCCGCUGUCCCGGCCUCCGGGGUCGGAUCGCCCGCAGAUGGCCCGGGACUGCCGGAGAGCGGCAGCGGCUGCGGGGCGCGCAGGCUGCGCACGGCGUACACCAACACGCAGCUGCUGGAGCUGGAGAAGGAAUUCCACUUUAAUAAGUACUUAUGCCGGCCGCGGCGCGUGGAGAUCGCGGCCCUACUGGACCUCACUGAAAGGCAGGUCAAAGUGUGGUUCCAGAACCGCCGCAUGAAGCACAAGAGGCAGACGCAGCACCGAGAGCCGCUUGACGUGGAGCCAGGCUGCCCAGGAGCCCUGGAGGACACCGGAGACCCAGCCGAGGAGCCCGCCGUCAGCCCAGGCGGCCCCUCCGCCUCUCGGGCGGCGCGGGAAGCCUGCUUUCACCCUGCCGAGGUCGCUCUGGGGCCCCCAGGCGCCCCGGGACCAGGGCCUUUGGCUGCUCACUUGGAGGGUGCGGGCGCACAGAGCCCCGGCUGCGCGCUGCGCUCCGUCGGCGGGUUGGAACCCGAGUCGUUGCCAGAAGACGCUUUCCCCGAGCGGCAGGACUCGCCUUUCCUGCCCGACUUCAACUUUUUCGCGGCAGACUCCUGUCUCCAGCUGUCCGGAGGCCUUUCCCCCAGCCUACAGGGCUCGAUGGAUAGCCCGGUACCCUUUUCCGAGGAAGAGCUAGACUUCUUCACCAGCACACUCUGCGCCAUCGACCUGCAAUUCCCCUAACCCGCUUCCUUCCCCGACCCCUUCCAUCCCCGUCCUCCUUGGCUGACUGUUGGAAAAAAUUGAGCCUCCCCCACCCCUAGUCACAUUUACUUACGUGUUUUGCUAAAAUUCAGGUAUUAUUGAAUUAGUAUUUAAUCAUCUCCCUUUUUUCUUUCUCUUUUUAAAAUCACAGAAAAAUUCCGUUUGGUAGACUCCUUCCAACGAAAUCUCAGGAAUAAUUAAACUCUAGGGGGGGCUUUCUUAAAAAAGAAUUAGAGGGACCUAGUUUCCUUCUUUUUUAAGUUUUAGACUUAGAUUAUUUAUUAAAAUUCUUUGAUAAUAGGAAAUGGGGAAAUAUUUAUUGUACAUUAUUUUCAUAGAUUAAAUAAAUGUCUUUAUAAUA